UGCGCCUCAGUGAUCAGUUUAACGGUCGACAUGCUGCUACCUCGGUAAAACUAUGGAAUACGUUGAUCAAAUAAAACCAGUUCAGAAGAUUAAAAACAACCCAUACCACAUAAAGCGUCCGAUGAACGCGUUCAUGGUCUGGUCGAGAUUGCAAAGGAAGAAGAUAUCAAUGAUGAACCCGAAGCUCCACAAUUCUGAAAUCUCUAAGCGUCUCGGCUUGGAGUGGAAGAGUCUGGGUGAGGCAGAGAAACGUCCCUACAUAGACGAGGCCAAGAGGCUAAGGCUGAAACACAUGCACGAUUAUCCAGACUACAAAUACCGGCCGAGAAGAAAGAAUAGAUUAGAUGCACCAUAUGGAACGCCGAUGUACAUCAGAGAUUUUGUUGAAAUGGAACCUCGUCCAGAACCUUACCCACCAAUAAAUUACCCUGACACCCAAUACAUGUACAAUAACAUGAUAUAUACGCCGAUAAGUCAAUCAUCCUUUAUGCCAAUAAGAAAAGAUGAAAUGCCCUUGGAUAUCAGGCCACUACCAUCAAUCGAGAGCAUCUCCCCGCGACCUUUUGUCGUCAACCAGCAGAUGAUGGUGAAAGCGUACCAGAAUUUACACUAUGUGCCAGAAGAUGUGGCUAGGAUAUCUUAUUACCCAUUUAGUGUUCAGUAGAAGCAGUGGUAGUCAGAGAGAAAUACUCAUUUUAAUUUAAUUAGUUAUAAAUGUUGUUCAUUUUCAUAUUUUAAACAUGUUACACGUAGUUUUAGGAAAUAUAAUUUUGUAACGUUCAUUUCUUUUCUCUUCUUCUUAGACCAUAUUUCGAUUGUGUAGAUAUUGUUCAUCCAGUCUCUAUAAAAAGAGAUUCUGGUACGAGUCGAGUCCAAAAUCACCAGCUGCUUUCGCGGUCACAACAUGGAGCUGUGCUGCCGGGGCCGUAAUAUUAUCUCAAGUUGGCUUUUAUGAAUUUACAGAUUAAGUGUUAGUAGAUACUACAAUCUAACAAUUGUAGCGCAUACUUUUACUUAUAACAAAUAAACAUUUGACAAUGUACAACAAAAUUAAGACAUAUUACCUAAUGUUAUCUCCAAUCUGAGACUAAUCAACGAUACUGGAAUCGCGUUAUCGAAAAGUUUCCGAAUGUACACACAAAUUCUGAAGGUUAAUAAUAAAACGAUUACAAUGUUAAUGAUCUUAAGGCAAGUCGUAAGCCCGGGAUAA